AAGUACUUUGUCUUUGUACUCUGCGUCUACCUAUGCCAUGGAGCUAUCGAGGCAGAUGUCCCGGCUGCAUCGAAGAAGCUGAGCGAUGCGGAGAUUGCCGAAUAUCUACGAAAGCACCAGAAUCUUUUUGAAGUCUCUUCGACACCGGUACCUGGCUUCAAGCAUAAAUUGAUGGACCUGAAAUACGUUAAUAAGGAGAAGAAUCCCGUAGUAGACGACAAGGAUGACAACGGCGAUGACAUACCUGAAAGCUUCGACGCUCGUGUUCAGUGGUCCAACUGCUCGACACUUUUUCACAUCCGGGACCAAGCCAACUGCGGUUCCUGCUGGGCAGUGUCGUCGGCAUCUGCGAUGUCAGAUAGAUUGUGUAUUACUAGCAAAGGAGCGAGCCAGGUGCUCAUUUCGGACCAAGACAUGGUGUCAUGCUGCGACUACUGCGGUUAUGGAUGUCAAGGUGGCUGGCCGAUUAGAGCCUGGCAAUAUUUCGCAUAUGAAGGUGUUGUAACUGGCGGCAACUAUGCUACAAAGGGCAGCUGUCGUCCCUACGAGAUUCAUCCCUGUGGUCACCAUGGAGACGAGCCGUAUUACGGAGAAUGCGACGAUGACGCAGCGACCCCAAGAUGCAAAAGAAAGUGUCUACGCGGCUACAAGAAGUCAUACCCAAGCGACAAACACUACGGUACGCGUCGAAAUGAAUUCAUAAUGGAAACAGUAAUCACCGAAACCUAA